CGACUAAUUUUAGGUGUUGUGUUGCAGUGGUCCAUACACGAAAAUAGAGAUGAGAUCAGGAGAGAUAGAUGGAUAUGAUGCUGUUUUUAUUAGUCCUCAUAAGUUUCUUGGAGGUCCAGGCACACCUGGAAUUCUUCUAAUCAACAAAGCACUCUAUAGAUUGAGGACUUCACCUCCAUCUACUUGUGGUGGUGGUACUGUUGAUUUUGUCAACCCCUACAAUGAAAAGGACACACUUUAUGUGGAGAAUAUUGAAGAAAGGGAAGAUGCAGGAACACCACCAAUCAUUCAGAAAGUGAGAACAGCACUUGCAUUUUGGGUGAAAGAGUUCAUAAGUCAUAAAGUAAUUGAAAGAAUGGAACACACUUACAUUGAACUUGCACUACAAAGGCUUCUCCCAAAUCCUAACAUAUGGAUUUUAGGAAAUGUAACAGCCAAGAGACAAGCUGUGCUUUCUUUUCUCAUAAAUACCACAACUUACUCUUCAUCAACUGAUAGCAAUGGUGAGGAAAGCGCGUUUUACUUAUGGGGAGAAACAGGAAAAUACAAAAGAGAUAAACCUCUUCAUGGUCCUUUUGUCGCUAAGCUGCUUAAUGACCUGUUUGGUAUUCAGGCUAGAGGUGGAUGUGCUUGUGCAGGACCCUAUGGACAUAGCUUGCUCAAUGUUGAUGAACCUCAUUCUCUUGCUUUCAGAGAUGCAAUUCAAAUGGGCUAUAGUGGAGUUAAGCCGGGAUGGACAAGGGUCAGCUUCCCCUAUUACAUGUCCAAGGAAGAAUUUGUGUUCAUUCUAGCAGCAAUAGAAUUCAUAUCCAUUUAUGGACAAAGGUUCCUCCCUUUGUAUCAUUUCAAUUGGAGGAGUGGCGCGUGGACUUUCAAGAAAAAAGCUUUCAAUUGCAACUUUUGCUGUUCACAAAUGACGAACAUAUUGAAUAUAAGUUGCCAUAACACUAAAGAAAACAACCAUGGUGGAGGUCUUGUUUACAAGUAUGUAAAGUACAUUGAGACAGCCAAGCGUAUCGCUAAUCUCCUUCCCAUGUUCCCACCUCAACGACCGAUACCUGAAGAAAUAGACCCAAAUCUUGUACCCUUUAGAGUCUGAAGAGCAUUAGCUUGCUCUGAUCCUUACCAAUAUGAUCAUACACUUAGCCAAUGCCUGGUUGGUAAAUUCAAAGUUGACAUGUAAUAAACUAAAAGUAGAAGAAACACAAUAUUGAACAUGACAUACUUGUAAAGGAAAAUCAAAAUACUGGUU